AUGGAUGAGCCUACAUCUCAGAUACCACUAAACGGGAUGCCACAGCAGACUGAAGCGACGACCAGACAGCGCAGAGAGAGCUUCGUCUCAACAGACUCCCAAACAGCGUCAGAUUUUAUCGACAACCAGCUCAGACUGGAAGCUGAUGCGCGCGAGGCCUUACCAUAUUCCUUCGACACUUGCGCACAGCCUCUGGGUGCUCUCCGCCAAAGCCUUUUCUCCUGUUUGACCUGUAAUCCGCCCCCUUCCGACCCCAACGCACCCUACAACGCCGCGGGCGUGUGCUAUUCGUGUUCUAUUUCCUGUCAUGGCGAGCACACGCUUGUUGAACUCUUCUGCAAGCGCAAUUUUGUAUGCGAUUGCGGAACCACCCGUUUCCCACCAACUUCCCCUUGUACCCUACGAGUGUCUAGCACCGGAACGAAGGGGGUCCAUUCAGAGAAACCAGCUGCAGGCAACAAGUAUAAUGGCAACUUUCGCAAUAUAUUCUGUGGGUGUGCCGAGACGUAUGAUCCUCAUCUGGAAAAAGGAACAAUGUUUCAAUGUCUCGGCCUGGGAACUAUUGAAACUGGAGGUUGCGGGGAAGAUUGGUAUCAUCCAGAGUGUCUCGUGGGCCUUCCGCGUAAUUGGGCCGACGGUGUGAAGAAAGAGAAAGAUUCUCAACCCGAAACAAAGGACAAGGAUGGGCAGAACGGAGACGCCGAAACAGCUGAUUUUGCCCCUCCCAAUGAAGAAGCAGACGACGAGCCACCCUUGCCUCCACAGUUCCCUGACGAGGAUGAUUUCGACGCUUUUAUUUGCUACAAGUGCCUAGAUUCCAAUCCUUGGCUUAAGCGAUACGCUGGGACGCCUGGAUUCUUGCCUGCGGUUUACAAAAGGGAUGCGCCUGCGCCAAAUGUUACGAAUGAAAAUGUCACGGCAGAAGUGACUGAGGAACCCAAGGACGAUACACCAACAACCAAUUCUAGGAAACGAAAACCUGAAGAUAGUUCAACCGAUGAACCUGAUUCCAAACGACCCAAGGAGGAAACGUCAACAGAGGUCCCGACAGACCCUGAGUUGAAAUCUGCCAAGUCCUCAAAGCCCAAGCACGAGACCCUCCCAGCUAGUUGGCCCUCUGGCACGUUUUCCCUUUUCCUCAAAGAAGAUUUCCGCGACUACCUCUGCCGCUGCCCAUCCUGUUUCCCCAAUCUGAUCCCACACCCCCAACUCCGUGAGGAGGAGGACACCUAUGAGCCCCCGCUUUCCGAAGAUGGGGACAACCCCAACGGCGCUGGCAGCCAUCAUACGGGGAGCCUUCUCGAUCGCGGAGAGGCGGCGUUAAGUAACAUAGACCGUGUACGUGCAAUUGAGGGAGUGAUGGUGUACAAUCAUUUAAAGGACAAGGUGAAAGAGUUCUUAAAGCCAUUUGCGGAGAGUGGUCAGCCUGUUGGGGCUGAGGACAUUAAGGCUUAUUUUGAGAAGUUGAGAGGUGAUGAUCAGGGCAUUAGGGAGGCUGGGGUGGCGGUGGAGGCGUCUGGGUCUGGGCCUGGAUCGCGUAAGGACGGUGGAAGUGGCGGUGAUGCUGGUGACGGUCGGAGGGAGCAGAGUGGUGAGUUUCCCGUUCUAUGA